AUGAAACUCCCAUACGUCCAAGACUCGGCCGACGGUCUCUCUCCCGAAGACGCAGCCAUCUACGACCGUAUCAAACAGCGCCGUGGUGGUUCUCUGCUCCCUCUGGACAAGGCACUUUUCCACUCUCCCAAAUUGGCAGAUGGCUGGAACUCCCUCCUCGGCGCGGUCCGAACCCAAGGCAUCCUGCCCACCGACAUCCGCGAAAUCAUCAUCUGCCGCGUCGCGCUGCACAACAAGGCCUGGUUCGAAUGGCACCACCACGCGCCGAUCCUCCAGUCCGCACCCGGGUUCACCCUGGAGAUGAUGAAGGCCGUAGAAUCGCUUGGGCCUCUCGGCCCGGACUCACCACCGCUGACCGACAAACAACUCGCGGCUCUCCGAUACGCAGACGCCAUGACCACCGGCGUCGACGUGCCUCCGGCGACCUUUCAGGCCCUCAAAGCGUCCGGGUUCAACGACCAGGAGAUCGUCGAGAUGACGAUCACGUGCGGCGCGUACAACAUGGUGAGUCGGUUCCUGGUGGCCCUGGACGUAGGGGAGAUGAACGGGAAGUCACCGCUCAGGACGCCGGCCUGA